UCAAUCUCUUUCUCCAUGGAGAUUUUUCUCGAGUUAUUGUCUACCUUUUUUUGUUCUUUUAUUAUUUCCUUCGUUCUCUCUAAGCUUCUUUCUUUUUCGUCUAUCAUUGAUCAGCAUCUCGAAAUUUUGUCGAGAUCACAUAUGGAAAUCACAACUGAAUCAGAAAAACACGUGUUUGAAUGCGAAAAGGGAAUUGGAUUUGUUUCAGAAGCUGUCAAAAUUGAUGCUUUUGGUGAAUCUGUGGAAGAAAUUGAUCAUGAAGAGUUUUUGGAUGGAAGUGAUGGAUCAAGAGAAGUAAAAGAAGGAACUGUUGAAGGAGAAGAGAAUUUUGUUAGUGAAACCACUGAGAUUGAAUUAGCUAAAGAGGAUGAAGAAGAGAUUGAGGUUUUGGAGUGUGAAAAAGAGGAUGGAAAAGAUUGCUUGAUGGAGGGGUUAUCUGAUGAUGAUUGGGAGGGAAUCGAAAGAAAUGAAUUGGAGAAAGAUUUUGGUAAAGCAGUCAAUUUUUUGGAGUAUAAAAGUAGUGCUAAUAAAGAUAUCAAACUUGGAAAUGAUUUAGAGAUGCAAUUGUAUGGACUUCACAAGAUUGCCACUGAAGGGCCUUGCUAUGAGCCUCAGCCGACGGCAUUGAAGUUUUCUUCCCGUGAAAAGUGGAAUGCCUGGAAAAGACUCGGGAGCAUGAGUCCAGAAGCAGCCAUGGAGCUGUAUAUCACCCUUGUUUCAAGUAGCAUGCCCGGGUCCGUUCAAGAUGAUAUUUGUGGGGAUGGUAAACCGGAUUCUGCAGAUGCAAAAAUCACUGAGAAGUUGCUGCCUUUCAAUGUCGAAACAAUGUCAGUAAACCAAGCUACAGAUGUGGAUUGCAGGACUUCUAACGAGUUAACAGCACACUUCAAAGCUCUGAUGGGAUGAAGUCUGCUGUAUACACUUGAUGAAUAAGGUCCUUUUAACACUGACUAAUGUGCACGAAUCGUAGACGAGCAAUAGGAUUCUUCUUUUCCGUUGCCGGUUUGAUCUUCAUCAACCAGCUCUGAUAAUCUCAGUCACAUCUACAAGCAACCAUGGAUAAUGGAGGAGUUUGGAUCAAGAUAAUUAGGAGUUUCUGCUUAGUGAUUCAUAUACAUAUAUGCACACACACAGAGAAAUGUAUGUUACAGUGUUGAUAAAGAAUAAAAGAUCUCAAUUUAUCAGUAAAAUAAGAUAAACCCUUAUUGUUGAUUCACAUUUAGGGUAGAUAUUUGUAAUAAUCAGUUUUCUCCGAAUAGAAAGAUAAGAACAAUAAAGCCAUUGCAUUC